UUUAAACCGACGCUUCUUGAAUCUGCAGGGACAGUAGAGCUGGGCUCGUCCAGCUUGUUGUGUUUGGAAGAAGGUGCAGCUCCUCACAGACUCUCUGAAUAUCUGACUGACGAAUAUCUGCGAACAUUUUCACAGAAAAGCUGCUGAGACAGUCCUGCCUCCUUGGGGGCCUCCUGGAAAAGUGUUUUUACCUUUGGAUGACUGCUGAUCCAGCUUGAGGAUGGAGAAGUACGAGAAGAUAGGAAAGAUCGGAGAGGGCUCCUACGGCGUCGUCUUCAAGUGCAGAAACAAAGACACGGGGCAGAUCGUCGCCAUCAAGAAGUUUGUGGAGUCAGAGGACGAUCCCAUCAUCAAAAAGAUUGCACUGAGGGAGAUCAGGAUGCUCAAGCAACUGAAACACGCCAACCUGGUGAAUCUGAUCGAGGUGUUUCGGCGUAAGCGGAAGCUCCAUCUCGUUUUCGAGUACUGCGACCACACAGUCCUCAACGAGCUGGACCGCCAUCCCGGAGGUGUUCCAGAGCACCUUGUAAAAAGUAUAACCUGGCAGACACUUCAAGCUGUCAACUUCUGUCACAAACAAAAUUGCAUUCACCGAGACGUCAAGCCAGAAAAUAUUCUCAUCACCAAACACCAAGUCAUCAAACUCUGUGACUUUGGGUUUGCCAGGAUUCUUACCGGUCCGUGUGACUACUACACAGACUAUGUGGCGACUCGUUGGUACCGGGCCCCUGAGCUGCUUGUGGGGGACACUCAGUAUGGCCCUCCGGUGGAUGUGUGGGCGAUCGGUUGCGUGUUCGCUGAGCUGCUCUCAGGGAUCCCGCUGUGGCCCGGGAAGUCCGACAUGGACCAGCUGUACCUGAUCAGAAAGACUCUCGGAGAUCUGAUCCCUCGGCAUCAGCACGUCUUCAGCAACAACCAGUUCUUCUGUGGAGUUUCCAUCCCAGAGCCACAAGAGAUGGAACCUUUGGAGCAGAAAUAUCUAAAUCUCUCACAUCAAGCUCUGAGUCUCAUGAAGGGUUGUCUGAGAAUGGACCCGUCCGAGCGGCUGACUUGCGAGCAGCUUCUCCAGCAUCCGUACUUCGACAGCCUGCGAGAAAAGAGCGAGAAGACCUCUCGGGAGCAGGAGCGCUCCAGCAACAGGAGGACACGUUUCCCUCGCAAACACCUUCCUCCCGGGUAUUUGCCACAGCUGACCAGCAGCGGCAUCUUUCCAGCUGUGGACAAUAAGAAGUACUACAACAACCUGCGCAAGUUCAACUAUCACCUACCGAACAUCUAAACACGCUGCUCACAAGUUGAAUUAAAGCCUCGACAAGCAGAAUUUUCUGAAAAGCUCAGGAAAUGAAGCAGAUUCUGGUAGCACCUUGGUUUUUAACAAGAGGAUUCAACCACUUUUUUUUAAAAAAGGUGUCUGUUUAUGACGUGGGCCGUGUUGGGUGUCUCUUGAUAUUACUGUCUAUGCACUAUUCCCCAACAUGUCAACUCAGACGUGUUGGUUUAUGUAUGUUGCCUACGUUUCAAGCUGGUAUUGUUGUAUUUUAUAGAUGUGUAAAGACAAGAAGUGAUGUGCAGCUCUGCUGUAGUCGCUAAGUAGACUGAAGGUAAAACUACGACGUAGUGCCUUGCCUGGUUUGCCAAAUGUAUUUUUUUAUACGAUGGACUCUGUAAGAGCGACAUGUUUUUGGUAGUGACUUUUAUGUUGUCUAAUUGAUUGUCUCGAGUUAUAAUGUAGGACACAAACUUUUUGUGCAUUUCUGAAACUAUUUAUUCAUGUCAGGAGUGAAUACAGUUCACAUUCCUUUAACUCACAUUUACUAGCAUAUAGCAGUAAAAAUACCACAUUGUACUCAUUAUCUCUGGAACUCUGGUGCUAAGGGUGUUCACAGCCAUCUGUCUGUCCUCAGAUACUGUACAAAUGCCAAAUUAAUCUAAAGAGAAAUUAUUUAAAGACUCUUGAAUCCUAUUUUCUCCGUGUACCCACAUGUGGAGUAACA